AUGGCAGACUCUGGCGCCCAGUCGAGUCGGUACGGACCAGUCCAGGUUCACUUCAUUACGAAUUCGCCGGACAUCGAGCUUCCAGAGGGAAAGAGACAGCUUCUUGUCCCCACAAAUGUUCGACGAUAUGGCCUUUCUCAAAUCCUCAAUUCCGAGUCCAUGCUGGACACACCGGCUCCAAUUCCAUUCGACUUCCUGAUCAAUGGGACCUUCUUGCGAACUACCCUCGAAGAAUACCUUACCACGAACGGAUUGUCCUCGGAAACGACCUUGAAUCUACAAUAUGUGCGAAGUUUGAUACCCCCCCUGUUUGAAGCAAGCUUUGAACACGACGACUGGGUCAGCUGUGUCGAUAUUCUCUCCGGCAGCUCCAGAGCCGGAACUUGGGAUGGCAAUGAAGUAGCUGCAGGACAAGAGCGCAUACUCUCCGGAUCCUAUGAUGGAUUAUUACGCGUGUGGAAUAAGUCGGGUCAGACAAUUGCGACAUCAACAGCAUCCAGCGCUGGAGGACAUACAGUAAGCAUAAAAUCUGCCAAAUUCAUCUCUCCGACACAAAUUGCCUCCUCCAGCCUCGAUCGCACGAUUAGGGUAUGGAAGUACAACGAAGCGGAAGAUCAUUUCUCGGGCGACCUGAAACCUGUGCUGGAGUUAUACGGUCAUAAAGGUGGCAUUGAAUCUAUUGAUGUACAUGGCCCUUCAAAUCGCAUUCUCUCUGCCUCGACGGAUGGCUCAAUUGGGCUCUGGACUACUUUGAAGAAUUCAGCGCCCGCUGCAGAUUCAACUUUUUUGACGUCGGGUCCUACUGCAAAACGAAGGAAGCUCACGACAUCUACGUCUACUCCUCAGCGAGGUCCAUUGUCAAUGCUCUCAUCUCAUACAGCCCCUGUGACCGCCGCAAUCUUCAAUCCUCUCGACUCGACUGUUGCCUACUCUGCUUCGCAAGACCAUACCAUCCGUACCUUUGACCUCACCACGUCAACACUAGUCGAUACCAGAACGACAUCACAUCCUCUUCUGUCGCUCACAGCUUUGCCAGGAAUAAGUACCCAAUUGUUAGCAGCAGGAACCAGUGCUCGACAUAUUACACUUCUGGACUCAAGAAUAUCUGCCCAAUCUACACAAGUCAUGACUUUAAGAGGUCACACAAACAAGAUUGUCUCCAUAUGCCAUGAUCCAAAGAGCAAUUAUGGCCUCGUCAGUGGAAGUCAUGAUGGGACGUGCCGAGUCUGGGAUCUGCGGAGCUCUAGAACAGGAACAAAAGACGAAGGGAAUGGUUUAGUCGGAGAAGCUGUUUACGUGGUGGAGAGAGACUCUCAGAAGGGCGGAAAGAGACCUGUAGGCGGAGAGGGAAUCAAGGUUUUCGGCGUUGCAUGGGAUAAGGAUGUUGGCAUUGUUAGUGGUGGAGAGGACAAAAUGGUGCAAGUGAAUAGAGGGCGAGGGGUGACAAGGCCAGAUAAUCCAUGA